AAUAUCAGUUUUGCGCAAAAAAAAGGUCAGCGGUAUAAUGCCACAUUGUGUCUUUGUGUUUUUUUGAGGGGGGUGUCCACUCAUCUCCACUUCUAUUUAAGGGAGACGCAGACAGGUUCUUUCUCACAUGGUAUCAGGGGACUGUAUUGAGUAAAGUCUUGGAAAAUGAUGCAGCCAAGACGUUUUGUGGUUUUAUUCUUAAUCUGCACCUGGGUUGCUGUUGCCGAAACAGGCAGCCAUUUCCAAAUCUAUCACGAGAGCGAGGGAAAAUGUCUGGCAGUGAUGAACGACGGCAAGUUGCAGCUGCUUAACUGCAACCGAAACUCUAUGGCCCAGAAAUUCUUUUGGGGGUCACAGCACCGCAUAUACAACGGCUACGCCAAACAGUGUCUGGUCGUGAAGGAAUCCGCCAACUGGGCGACUGUAGUACUGAAAGUGUGCAACGAAAAGGAGGAGUUACAGAAAUGGGAAUGCAAGAAUGACACCUUCGUGGACCUAAAAGAUAAACGCUUACACCUGCACUAUAAAACUUCCGUCCUGCAUGUCUGCAAUGACACGCAAUGCACAAGUAAAUGGAGAAUUUAUGGGACUACGGAGAGCAUCUGCUCACAGCCACAGGAAGAUCUGUUUACCAUUUUGGGGAAUUCUCAGGGGAAGCCUUGCAUGUUCCCCUUCAAAUAUGAGAACAGUUGGUACACAGAGUGUACGACGCGCAACAAGGCCAGCGACGAGCCGUGGUGCGCUACGGUCACUGACUAUAACGAUGACCAGAAGUGGGGGUUGUGCCCAUCGAAAUCAGCUACCAAGCACUGGGACCAAAACUCAGUAAAUCAGGAUUGGUACCUGAUCAAUCCUAGUGCUCAGCUGAAGUGGCAUCAGGCCAGGAUGAGCUGCAGACAGAUGGGGGCAGACCUACUGAGUAUUCUCGAGCCUCAUGAGCAGAACUUUAUCUCAGGACUGAGCCAGAAACACAGUUCUGCCCUUCUUUGGAUUGGACUAAACAGUCUGUCAUCUGGAAAUGGCUGGCAGUGGGUUGAUGGGAGACCUUUUCGGUACUUAAACUGGGCUCCUGGGCACCCAUCUUCUACUCCUGGGUAUAACUGCGGCAUCGUGAACACGGGGAGAGCAUCCUUCUGGGAGACCAGCGACUGCUCGCAGGUCACGGGGUAUAUCUGCCGCAGAUCAAGCUCCAGGGGAAUCCCCACCGUUCAUCCAGCAGACGGGAACUCCUACAGAUGCCCCAAGCACUGGCUAACAUACCGGGACCAGUGCUUUGACCUACGGCGCUUGAAGAAGGUGUGGAAGGAGGCCUUGGCAGAGUGCCGCAGGGACGGAGGCGACCUCGCCAGCAUCCACGACAUCGCAGAGCAAGACUUCAUCAUUUCGCAGCUCGGAUACCUUCCGACAGACAAACUGUGGAUUGGCUUAAACGACCAGAAGAUUCAACAGUUGUUCGAGUGGAGCGACGGCUCCGCGGUUACGUUCACCAAGUGGGAGCUGGACGAGCCGUCCCACGUCUCUGUCCUAAAGGAGGACUGUGUGCUGAUGAGAGGGGAGGAAGGGAAGUGGGCAGACGACAACUGCGAGAAUGAUUUUGGGUUCAUCUGUAAGAAAAAGGCUGAAGUUGUCCCUGGGGGGUUGGUAACAACAGCUCCAGGCUGCAGUGAGGGCUGGACCAGACAUGGGUCAUUCUGCUACCAGAUAGGUUCAGAAGAAAAAACCUUUGAAGAUGCGAACCAGGAUUGUUUGAGCAAGGAUUCCCAUUUGGUUAACGUUGCAAGCAGGUUCGAGAAUGCUUUCCUCACUAGCUUGGUGGGACUGAGGCCUGAGAGGUAUUUCUGGAUUGGACUGUCUAACAAGGACCAGAAAGAAACGUUUGUAUGGACCAGCUCUGCAAAUGUCAGGUUCACGCACUUUGGGCCAGGGCUGCCAGGUCAGCAGCAGGGUUGUGUUGCCAUGAUGACCGGUACUGCCGCUGGCCUAUGGGAUGUCUUGAGUUGUACCAGGGGGGAAAAAUAUAUCUGUAAGACUUUGGCUCAGGGGGUGGAGCCAACCACUGCCCCGCCCACCACAGCGCCGGCCAGAUGCGCUGAUGGCUGGAAACCUUUGGGGAUGAGGGAUUCCUGUUACAAGGUUUACAAAAGAUAUCGUGAUGGCAGGAAGACGUGGUUUGAGUCUCAGAAAUACUGCAGAGACAUUGGGGGAGACCUUCUUAGUAUUCACAGUGAACUGGAUGUUAAACAUAUGAGGGACUCAGACCCUUAUGACAUGGAUGAUUUCUCGCUACAUUGGUCAUGGCCGGACACAGCUUGGAUCGGGCUCAGCGCUCUUGAUCCUACUUCCGGAUUUGUAUGGAGCGACGGAUCCUCAUCAGCCUUCGAAAACUGGGACGACGAAGAGCCCAACAAUUACAACGGAGUAGAGCUUUGUGGGGAAAUCUACUCGUACAAUUUAAAGUGGAACGACCGCCACUGUGAGAGCCUCAACAGUUGGAUCUGCCAGAUUCGCAAAGGUGUGACCCCAAAUCCCGAGCCAACUGACAGCCCACUAGUGUACAACAAGACGGAGGAUGGCUGGAUCGUGUAUGAUGGCACAGAGUACUACAUUAACCGCAAUCUUCAUUCAAUGGAAGAAGCCAGGCAAUACUGCCAGAGGAAGAGUGGUGACCUCGUCGUCAUAAACGGCGAAAGUGAGAGGGUCUUCCUCUGGAAAAUGAUGACCCAGAUGGAAACCUUUUAUUGGAGAUCCGGUCAAUACUACAUUGGUCUGACCAUUGACCUUGACCAGUCCGUUCAGUGGAUGGAUGGAUCACCCACGGUGUUCUUGGCCUGGGACAAAGACGAGCCUGGGUUUACCAAUUACGAUGAAAACUGUGUGGUCAUGACUUCUGGGAUGGGGUUCUGGAUGAACACUAACUGUGGCAAGCCCAUGCCUUCUGUUUGUAAGCGAGCCAGCGGGUCCCCCCCCAAUGCCACUCUGCCCCCCCCCAUGAGCAAGGGAGGCUGUGCACUUGGAUGGACCCACUUCGAUGGAAAAUGCUACGGGUUCUUCGGGAAGAACUCAGAGGAGCAGAAGUCAUGGGAAGACGCCCGGAAUUACUGCAUCAUGAAGGAGUCUAGGUUGGCGUCCAUCCUUAGUGAAGAAGAACAAGUAUUUUUGGUCAGCGAGUUGAUCGACACACCCGUGGACAUGUGGACCGGCCUGAAUUCACAGAACAGAGAUUCCCAUUUCCUGUGGAGCGAUGGGAAACCCGUCCAGUACCUGAACUGGGCCAAGGGACAUCCCUAUAAUGUUCCAUACCAUAGCCACCAUGAAUAUUUUAUGCAGUUUCCACAGACUGGCAGCCCAAAAUGCACACUCUUGUCCAGACAUCCGGAGAACAUGGUGGGGAAAUGGAAGACAGCUUCGUGUUUGGAGAAACACGGCUUCAUCUGCAAGAAGGACUCUGAUCCUGCAAGACCUAUACCUACACCUGAGCCACCUGGAACUCAGCAUAACAUUGGAAAUGGCACCCUGGUGGUGGUGCCAGAGCAUAUGGAUUGGUACAGUGCCAAUCAGCACUGCAAGGCGAAAACGGCUAAUCUGGCUAGCGUGCCAGACAUGCUAAUCCAGUCCGUCUUACACCGGUUAGCCUAUGAGCUCAAGCAACGCCUCUGGAUCGGACUCAACACUAAUGAGACUGAUGGAUAUUUCAAAUGGAGUGAUAAUUGGUUAUUCCAUUUCACUAACUGGGGCCUUGGUGAACCACGAAGCGACCUUCCUUGCGUGUUUGUGGACGUGGAUGGGAAGUGGAAGACCGACCAUUGCAAUGGCACCUAUCACCCUGUGUGCAAGACCUGGUCAGGUACCAUUCCCACACAUCCACCGCAGAUUCCCGGCAGGUGCCCCGAUCUGGAAUGGAUCCCCUUCAGGGGGCACUGCUAUAAGAUAGAAUCCUCCUCUGGUGGCUCGUGGGCCUACGCUGCCACGGAAUGCCGCAAAUUAGGAGCGUCCCUGGUGACCAUCACAGAUCCGGUGGAAAACAACUUUUUAUACAGCAAUGUGGAGCCUAUUAGGCGGCCGAACUGGCAGUACUGGAUCGGCCUUUACCUGAAUUAUCAAGGGCAGUGGGUGUGGUUUGAUGACAGUCCAGUGGACUACACGAACUGGGAGGAUGCAUUUGUGGCCACAGACCGUAUCUGUGCAUUUUUGAACCCCUUCACCUCCAAGUGGGGCAUGAGCAGCUGUUUAGGCAACGAAUACUACAUCUGCAAGGUGGACAAAGUUAUACAGCCCCCGGUGACUCCGUCCAUAACAGUUCUUCCCAGGCACGGCGGUCCCCAUGUGUACACCGGUAUCAUCGUGGUGGUGCUUGUCCUGCUCGUUGCCCUGGCGGGGCUGGCCUUCCUGUUCGUCCGCAGGAGGGGGGGUGCCACAAUCACAGUCCCACCCAGCUUUGAGAACAUGCUGUACUUUGGCUCGCACCGCAGACCUGACGUGGACAUCUUGACCAAGAAUAUGGAGGUCCACCCUGAGGGGAGCCAAUGAGAGAUUUUGUGGGGAAAUUGUGGCACUGAGUCCACUACAUCUCCCGCAAACAUGCUCACAUUUUACCAGUCUUUUCCGUGUUCUUCUGACUCUGAUAAGCUCAUGUACAUAGCGGGUUAGCAACUAAGCUAACACGGCACUCCGAUUUACGGCAUUUUUCGAUUGUUUUGUAAAUGCUUCUUGUUAAUGCUGGUACGUGGCUCUCAGGACCGUAUAAUCUUCGGCAAAUGGAAUAUGUACACAUUAAAUAUGACAAACCAGUGCCUGGUCCUCUUCUCCCUCUGGUGAAAUAAAAGCAUUAAACGGUUAA